AUGCCUGGCAUGCUGGGGCUGGCCCUGCUGGCUUUGGCCAGCACCAGCACCAUUGGCUUGAGCUGGGCCAGCGGCUUCACAGAAACUGGUCUCUCCUUGCUGAGCUACCAGCUGUGCAGCUACCAGGAGACCCGGACAGUAAAGCGAGUGGAAGUAGUGCAGAAGUCCCACGUGACUGACGUGGCUUGUGGUGGCUGGGUUCUGUGGCGGCAGUGCCCGAAGACUGUCUACACGACCCAGUACUUGACUGUGGAGGUGCCCGAGUCCAAGAACGUCACCAACUGCUGCGAGGGCUACGAGCAGCUGGGCCUGUACUGCGUCCUGCCGCUGAAUCAGACCACACUGUUCACAUCAAGACCUGGCGUCUGCCCGACGGCAGCACCAGAGACACCUGUCUCUCCAUGCAGCUCAGAUGCUGAUUGCCCUGGACUUCAGAAAUGCUGUCCCCAGUCAGGGGGCCACCACUGCGUGGCCCCUACGCCCCAAGAUGUGGCUGCCACGGCAGAGGGCCGGCCGAUAAGCUGGUACAAUGUAACUGUGCGGGUUAAGAUGGACUUCGAGGACCUGCGGCGAGUGGACCCUGAGCUGCAGAACCACACACGCCUGCUCUGCUCCCUGGUGGUCAGUGCCUUGCAGCCACUGGACUCCAAUGUCCACUACCUGGACUCGGCUGGUGCGGAGCCCUCCUCCACAGUGUCAAGGCUGCUGCUGGGCCUGCCUCAAGUGCUGUCAGUGGCCAAUGUCUCUGCCAUGCUGGACAACAUCAUGAGGCGCGUGUGUGAAGUGAUCGGCAUCCAGGUGCAAGAUGUGGAUGAAUGUGCCUAUGACGGGCUGCAUGCCUGCUCUGGGGGGCAGCAGUGUCUGAACCUGGAGGGCUCCUACCAGUGUGUCAGCCCCCAGGAGCUGACCUCACCUCCCCAGCCACUGAGCCACAUGGACAAAGACUGUCCUCCCAUCCAGGACCAUGUGGCCCUCAACGUCACCAGCAGCGACUUUCAGGUGUCCUGGAACAUGAGUGCCUCCCGAAGCCAUGAUUUCUACGUGCAGGUGUACCAGGGAGAGCAGCUACUCCGGAGCACCUGGACCAGUGGCCUGGCCCUGUGGGUGUCAGGGCUGGAUGCCGGGGAGCUAUACACAGUGCGGACCAGCUACCAGGGUUGUGGUGCCAACAUCUCCAGUGUGCUCAUCGUCAAGACUGAUGCCCGGGUGUUUGAAGUCAUCAUAAGGAUCACCAACCGCAAUCUGACAGAGCAGCUGCUCAACCACAGCAGCGAGGAGUACCGGAACUUCUCUGGACAGCUGCUGAGCGAGGCUGAGAACUCCUUCUCAAGAGCCGCUUCGGACCUGCAUAGAAAGGGGAAGCUGAGGCUGGAGCUUGUGGCUCUUCAGGCAGGAAGCCUUGUGGCGACACUCCGAGUCACUGUCCGAGACCCUGAGUUCCCAGUGGGUGUCUCCACGCUGGCCCCGGUGCUCCAGCUUCUGCGUGCCAGUACCAUGUUCGAGAUCGACCCCCAGGGGACACGAGUGCAAGACCGGGACGAAUGUGCCCAUAGCUCGGAGCAUGACUGCUCUCCCACCGCUCGCUGCGUCAACCUCGAGGGCUCGUACACCUGCCAGUGCCGCACAGUCAGGGAUGCCAACCCCGCCCGGCCUGGCCGUGCCUGUGAGGGUGACGUGGUGAGCCCUACUGGACAUCAUCGGUCUGCAGCGACGGGGGUCACGGCCCUGGCCCUCAGCACAGGAACCACAGCCCUUGUCCCAGAGUUCCCCACCUUGUCACUCAGCUCCAGGAAUCCAGGAGUCACCACAACAGGAGCCCAGGUCCCAACCCCAGGGCCCUUGCCCAAGAGAGAGUCUGGUGGCACAUUUGGACAGGACAGAAACAGCACAGGGCCUGGCCGGGAGGAAGAGAGGCCCACUGUGGACCCUGGCCCAGGAGUGGCCAGCCCAGCCUUCUCAUCUUCCACUCCCAGGCCAAGGCCUGGAUUCUCCCAUGGGACCACAGGCAGCCCAUUACACUCCCCAGGGCAGCUCCUGGGAAACAUCACCAUGGAGCCACCCACCUUGCCGACCCCCACCAAUGGUCCCGCAGGCCAUGUUGAGUGGCACCCCAGCCACCCCACAGAGGGGAUGGCUCUGCAGUCCACAGCACUACGGCUCGAGGACCCUGCACCUUCCCCCUUCCGGGACUCCCUUUCAGUCCCCACCUCUGUAAUGCCAGAGACUUCUACCUGUGUCCCUGUCCCCAUCAGAAAGGUCACAGUCUCCAACAUGACCAGCACCAGCUUCCAUCUGGCGUGGGUGGCAGACAUCACCCUGCACCCCACUUUUUAUCUCACGGCCACUGCUCCACAGAGCCCUGCUGUGGGCCUUGAGACCCAGGAGCUCAGCGCAGAGCUGUCAGAGCUGGAACCUGGAGUUUUGUACCUGGUGGAGAUCACAGCCAAAGCAUGCGGAAAAGAGGGUGCAAGGACACGGCUGAAAGUGAGAACAGUGGCCCAGAAGCUCCGUGGCAAAGUCAGGAUCGUGAACGUGAGAUACUCCAAGUCCUUCCGCAACACCAGCAGUGAGGAGUACCGAGGAUUCCUGGACCUGUUCUCCAGGACGGUGCGAAAGUCCCUGCCGGCCAGCCUGCGUCAGCACAUGGACACUGGUGGGAUCAGAAUGAACGUCACUUGCAUCAGCAAUGGCAGCAUUGUGGUGGAGUUUGAUCUGCUGAUAACGGUGGCCGUGGAUGUCAAGGAGGUGUCAGCCACAUUCCUUGAUGCCCUGGGGAACAUGUCUCAGCUGGAGGUGGUCAGGAGCGACACUUUCAUAUGGGAUUAUGAUGAGUGUGAAAAGAAAGAGGAUGACUGUGUGCCAGGGACCUCCUGCCGCAACACUCUGGGCUCUUUCACCUGCAGCUGUGAGGGCAGAGCCCCUGACUCCCAAGUGGAAUAUUCUGGAAGAGCCUGUGCAGAUGGCUCUCCUGAGAGCUCCACUCCAGCCUCCAGCCCAGAGCAGCACUCAGCCCUCACAGGAACCUCGACCACCCUCCUGCUGGGCACCCGUCCUGAGCCCCAGGGCCCGCCACCGCGGCUGAAUCUGACUGGUGCAGUCAGGGUGCUUUGCGAGAUCGAGCGAGUGGGCAUCGCCAUCCAGAAGCGCUUCCUGCAGCAAGAGGCCAUCCCCGAGUCUUCCCUGUAUCUAGGGCAGCCCUCCUGCAAUGCCAGCCUCAGCAAUGGCUCCCACGUGCUCCUGGCAGCUGGCUGGGGCGAGUGCGGGACCCUUGUGCAGAGUAACAAGACCAGUACUGUGGUGAAGACGGUCCUGAGGAAUGACAGGUUCCCAGAUGGCGUCAUCCACCACCGGACGAUCCAGAGCCCCAUUCGCUGUGUCUUCCGGAACGACCUGCUGACAUCCCUGGGCUACACCCCAAAGUGGGGGGUUUACACCGUCACAGAAGACCUACAUGGUGCUGGAAAGUUUGUCACAGAAAUGCAGUUGUUUAUCGGAGAUUCUCCCAUACCUCAGAAUUACAGUGUGUCUGCCAAUGACGACAUCAAGAUCCAAGUGGGGCUGGACGGGCAGAAGAGCAGCCUCAAGGUGGUGCUAACAGAAUGCUGGGCAACACCCUCCAGUGAUGCCUGGGACCCUGUCACCUUUGGGUUCAUCAACAACAGCUGCCCGGUCCCCAACACCUACACCAGCGUGAUCCAGAAUGGUGACUCCAGCAAGGCUCAGUUUAAGCUGAGAAUCUUCUCCUUCAUCAACAACUCCAUCGUCUACCUGCACUGCAAGCUGCGGGUCUGCAUGGAAUCCCCCGGCACUACGUGCAAAAUUAACUGCAAUGAUUUUCGGUUUUUGAGAAGCACCGAAGGCUCCAAGGUGCUGGAGAUCUCCUGGGGGCCUCUCCUUCGUGCGGCAGGUGGGUCUGAAGAUACGCUUCUGAGUGUAAAGCCACACCUGUCCACCAGCUACGUGGUCCUCAUCACAGGCGCCACCUUGGCUGUGGUGGCAGGGGCUGUGACUCUUCUCAUCCUACGCUACCAGAAAACCACCGGGAAGUACAACUUCAGGAUGCAGCCGGAUAGCUUUGGCUACGAGGCCUUCUCUGGAUAGAAGUCCCAGCCAUGAAGGUAACUGCGAAUCAAGCUCAGAUCUCAACUCAUGAAGCAUUAACAGUAGUCAAUUCGUGCAGUGCUUUGUUCUGACACUCAGAAGAACCCAAGAAGGAUGGCAGUGGUCUCCAUCUGUCCUCAGGAGGCCACUGCCCAGUAGGUUCCAGACCAGCAGCACCCACCAGGAAGAGGGCAGGGCUGUUGGAGACGGAGGUAGAGUGCUGGGGCAUCCUGGAUCCUUCGGGCCAGCACAAACGCAGCUCCUCUCACCCAAGCCACCUGCACUGUCAUCAGACCCUCACCCUCCAGUGCUGCGCUCACUGACAGCCAGCACGCAACACACUCAUCAGUUAUGCAAUAUUUCAUGUUUUAUAAGGCUAUUUGACAAUGGCUGUGAAGCUCUCUUACAAAUAAGCCUGCCUUGUAAAGCCAUCAUUGCUAAUGUUAUUUCUAGGAGCCGUAUAAAAACAAAGAAUCAAUUGACCAUGUAACUAAAAUGUCCAAAGGUACCAUGGUCUACAGGAAAGGAUUGAUGCAGAAAGGUCAGUGUGACCAAGUCAUUGUUUUACUCUGUGUUGCUAGCUUGUUUUUAUUUAAACAACAGCAACAUCAAGGACAGAAGCACAAAGGACCUAUAUAAAAAUUUUUCUAAUAAGUGAAAGUGCUGUGAUAUAUAGGUACAACCUUCUUAUCUUCAAGCAUGUUCACAGCCAGGUUUUCAUAUCUCUGGGGAAAAUGAACCUCAUACUUAAGGUCGUGAAUGACUGAACAAGGAAAUGGAUCUAGAUAUAACUGUUUGAGUCUGGAAUUUUUUCCCCAUUGCACCGUACUAAGAGAUACUGCUUUUUACUUUAUUUGAAGCUAAUUAAAAUUGAUUAGAGAGCUAAUACCUUAAAGUGUAGCAUUGUCCCUUGAUGAACUUAGAAUCUCAACAGGAUGUUAGUUUUUAAUUCAUAGUAUUUGUUCUGUUGCAUGUAGUUAACUGUCACUCAGACAGACUAUUUGGGAAAAGGGCAUUUGGAUUUACUAGAUAUUCUCAAAGUAUGAAUGACAAAAUGUGAUAUGUGUGGAUAACAGAUUUGGAGCAAAUGAAUAAAUUGAAGGUGACAUUGAAAGGUGACCGGCUGUUCAUUGUUCAAUUCACACCACAGGCACCUAGGGCAUCUGCC